AUGGCGCAAGAAGACUGCCUUCCUGACAAGGUCAACGGCGAACAGCUUCCUGCCUGUCCCGUACAGCAGCCUACGAAGUACCCCGAUGAUCUUACAUCCAAGGAGAUGACCGCCUAUCUCCUUGCCAAUACCACGUUCCACAAGCUGGUUGAUCUUAGAACCCAGGAUGUUGUCCCCCUCUGCUGGGUGAGGCUUAAUCCCAAGAUCUCCAAGAAGGGCCGCCAAAUUCCCCCUGACAUCGCCACCACGGUCUACGGCACCGUACAGCCCGCUACCACGUCUUACUCUCGCUACAAGGCGGGUAAAGGAAUAUUUGCGGAUUACAUUACCUUUACGGGCCAUAGCUGCAACUCUUGCCAGUAUAUCAGCACCGCAUAUGAGUGUUCCCUACGUACCGGCACCGUCACCACUUCCCGUCCUACGCCUACCAAGUACCGCGGGCAGAUCUUCUGGAAGAAGUCUGUCACGCAGAGGAAGGCCUGGAAGCCUUCAGAGUCAGUGAUUAGCCCCUUGAAGUAG